AUGGCUACCCAAAGGACCAAUAUGCCUCCCAUCCUCAAAGGACGGCUUAUGUUCUUCGACGAAACAGCCUGGGACCACGCAGACAACCUUCUACAGAAAUGGAAAAACAGGCUAUUCACACCAGAAAGCAUCCAAAGAAUUACCACUCUACUGUUCCAUAAACCCAGCCCACCCCACCGACUCUUCCCACCCCAAAAAGGCUCCUUCAACAUGGUCAUCCGACUCCAAUUCACCGACAAAACCUCCUCAAUAAUCCGCUUCCCAAUCCCAGGCUACUCAAUAUUCCCCGAAGAAAAAGUCACCGCCGAAGUCGCCGUAAUGCGCUUCCUCACAAGCACAUCCAUCCGAGUUCCCCAAAUCCACACUGUCAACAAAGACCCAAUUCUAGGCCCCUAUAUCAUAAUGGAGUACAUAGAGCAUGACUCAGACCUUGUCGAUGCCCUCAACACCCCAUCCCUCCCUUGGCAAGACAGACCAAUCCUAGACCCAGACAUCCCACAGCACCGCCUCCGCUUCGUCUACGGGCAAAUGGGCUCCCUCCUCCUCGAACUGACACGGCCCAAAUUCACAGCCAUAGGCACCAUUGCUCAAUGCAAUGAUACAUGGGUUGUCAAACACAGACCACUGAGCAUAAACAUGAACGAAUUGGUCCAAGUGGGCUGUGUCGAUCCGGACGAUCUCCCGCAUGGUCCGUUCUCCAGUGGAGCGGGGUACAUAUCUUUUCUUGCAGAGUUGCAUAUGGCUCAUUUGAGUGCUCAGCGCAACGAUGCCAUUGAAGGGUGGGAGGAUUGCCGGGUCAAAUACAUUGCGAGGUGUUUGUUUAGGCGCUUAGCAAGGGAGAAUCGGCUUGUUUCGUUUGAUGGUGAGUUUCGGUUGUUUUGUGAUGAUUUACGGCCUGCCAAUGUUCUUGCUUGGAGGGAUUGUAUUUCUGCAGCUAUUGAUUGGGAGUUUACUUAUGCGGCACCUUUGGAGUUUGUUUAUGCGCCGCCCUGUUGGCUUUUGUUGGAGAGGCCUGAGUAUUGGGCUGGGGGCAUUGAUGAGUGGGAGAGGGCUUAUGGGGAGCGAUUGGGGGUGUUUUUGGAGGAGUUGGAGAGGAGGGAGGUUGGAGUUGGGUUGGAGGAUAGGCUUUCGGGUCAUAUGAGGAGGAGCUGGGAGAGUGGUGAUUUCUGGGUUAGUUAUGCUGCCAGGCGGAGUUGGGCUUUUGAUGUUGUUUAUUGGGCGAGGAUUGAUCGGAGGUUCUUUGGGGAGGGGACGCUGGAGGAUCGAGUUGCUUUGUUGACGCUGGAGGAGAGGGAUGGGAUGGAUGCGUUUAUAAGAAGAAAGUUGCAUGAGAUGGAGGUUGGUGGAUUGAACAGUAGGUUUGGUUCGCCAGGAUCUAACGAGAUACCCUGCGAGUGA